UUUAUGAUUGUUUGAGCGAGAGUGAGAGCAAGCGUGGAGUCAAGGGAAAUGCAUUUUACGGCGUUUAGAUGGGUAUGGGAGUCAUUUGGAUAUGUGCUCUUUUAGGAGUAACAGCAACAUCAACAUGGAGUUUGGGCGGAAACUACUUCGUCUGGUUGUUUUGAUAGCGUUUAGCGAUGCUUUUGCUUUUCAGCCGGUUUGGUCUGUUAUUUUAGUACUGUAUGUUGAGAGCGAGAUACCAUGCAGCGAGCACUAGGUCUGCUAGUAGAGGCGCAUCUGCUGAAAUAGAAGAAAGAUAUUGAGAUUUAGAGGUCC